AAUUCUCAUAUACUAAAGUUCAAAACUUUGAAAGCCCUUCUCAAUGGAACCCUCUGGAGCCCUUAGAAAUUCAACUCAACCCAUCCCCCUUAAAAACUAAACCCCCUCCCUUCAUCACCCCAUCAAAUUUCCUUCAUCAAAAAACCUUCUUUUUCCCUCCUUUUCCCUCCCUCCAAACAAGCCCUUCCUUUUGUUUUGCCUUGGAAAAAAAAAAUGGGUACUUUAGUGGGACAUGUUGCACCGGGUUUUGCAUUUUUUGCACUUGGGUUUUGGCAUCUUUUCAAUCACAUCAAGCUUCAUGCUUUAAACCCAAAUUCAUACACAUCUUUCCCAUGGUUCCCAACCUUGAAAUUUAGGUACUUGGAGCUGGUUUUGAUCAUGGUUGGUUCAUCAAUCUCCAUAUCAAUGGAGCUUUUCAUUGGUCCAGAAAAGCAUCAACCUUUUGACACUGAUGGAACCAUCCCAUCUAACCAUCUUCAUAACUUUGAACACUCAGCUAUAUCAAUGACUUUCUUCAUAUAUGCUGCUUUUGCCAUAGUCCUUGACAAAACUAGCAUCAAUAUCGACCUUAUGUUUAAGCAUAGCUUAACACAAUUCCUUGGAGCAAUUGCCUUUGCCCAACAGCUGUUUCUGUUCCAUCUUCACUCAGCUGAUCAUAUGGGAGUUGAAGGCCAAUACCAUUUGUUAUUACAAAGCGCUAUAGUUGUGUCUUUAGUCACAACUUUAAUGGGAAUUGGGUACCCAAAGAGCUUUAUGGUUAGUUUCAUUAGGUCUCUUAGCAUUUUGUACCAAGGGUUAUGGCUUAUGGCCAUGGGGUUUAUGCUUUGGACCCCAAACUUGAUCCCUAAAGGUUGUUUCAUCCAUUUAGAAGUGGGGCACCAAGUGGUUAAAUGUUCAAGCGAUGAAGCACUUCAUAGAGCUAAGUCAUUAGUCAAUAUAGAAUUUAGUUGGGCUUUGAUUGGUGUUACCAUUUUUGCUAUGAGCUUUUAUCUUGUUUUGGUCAAAUUAUAUGGUCAAAAAGUUGAGUAUUCAACAUUGAAAAGCCAUGAAAAUGAUCACUUUGAACUUGGUGAAGAAGAAGAAGAAGAAGACGUUGAAUCUCAAAAGGGAAGCAAUAAACAAGGUGAACCCACCAAAGGGUUUAUUCACAUGGGAAAAGGGUAUGCAAUUAUGGACAUUGAAAGGUAAAGGGGUUUUAUUUUUAUUAUUAUUAUUAAUAGAGGUGAAAGGGGGUAUUUUUAGAUGUGUCAAUUAGGUGAAUAUUUGUGUACAAAGGUGUUUUUUUUUUGGGGGGGGGGGGUUCCUUUGUCUUUGAUUAAGCUUUGCAAUAAUUUUGGGGGCUUAAUUGACAACAAGAAAAAAUGUCUUGUAGGGAGGGUUUGGGGGAUAAAAUUGAAAAGAAAACAAAAGUGUGUUGGUGGUGGUAGGGAAAUAUUGUUUGGUUUGAAUUUAUGGGGUUUGGGGUUAGGAGGGGUUGAUUUCAUUGUGAUUGUAUGUAUACACAAAGUAAACAAAAAGAAUAUAUACAUAUAUAUAUAUAUGUAUGUAUGUAUGUAUAUUAUCUUGAAAGCAAUGACUAAAAGAUUUCUUUUGCUUUA